AUGGUUUGUAUAGUCCUUGGAGCCAAUUUUCCAUUUGCAGUGUUUGAAGGCUUUAUUAAGCAAUUAUGGGGAAAACAUGGUAUUGAUAGGAUAGCUCAUAUGAAUGUGGGCUAUACUAUUGUGAAGUUUUGGGAUGAAGCCACGAGAUAUAUAGUUCUGGAAGAUGGGGUAGCGCAUUUCAAUAGGAAGCCAGUCAUUCUAAGACCCUGGUCGACUGAUUUAGACACUUUGAGGAUAGUGAAAUCUGUUCCUGUUUGGGUUCGACUACCUGAUCUUGGGUUGCAUUACUGGGGAGUUAAGUGUCUGAGUGCUCUUGUUUGUACCAUUGGCAAGCCUAUUUUGGUUAAUAAGGUCACUAAGGAUAGGUUAAUGGUGAAGUUUGCUAGGGUGUUAGUGGAUGUGGAGAUUUCAGAUAAUUUGCCAAAAACUAUCAAUUUCCUCAAUGAGACAGGUCAAUUGGUGGAUCAGAUUAUAGAAUAUGAAUGGCUGCCUACUCAAUGUUCCUGCUGUAAAAUUUUGGGCCAUACUACUACUAAUUUCAAGUGA